AUGUCUACGAAUAAUGAUUUUCUUUUCUGGGGUAUAACCCGUGAACAAUUCCUUCAGGAAGCUAAAUCCAGGACGGACAAUCUCCCAAAUGUUCUAAAAGGUGGAGAUCGACGUGAAAUCAUGAAUGAACUGGAGUGGUUCAGUUCCGUAUUGGAUGGCGAGUUAAAAUUCAUGCUUAAAGAGUGCGCACCGCAGAUUUUUAUCACUCUUUACAAUUAUUUAACAACUCCUCCUUAUGCGAAGUUUGUUUUGAUUCCACAGGUAACAGACAUCAUGCGUAUAAUCUACACGACCAAAGAAAUUCGCCCAACCAACAUAACUUUGUCUUUGGAUCAGCUUUUUCAAGCAUUUAAAUAUAACAAGCGAAAUAAAGCCAAAUACUUCAAUUUUGGGUUCCUCAACCACUACUUUAGUGAUGAAGAUAAUGAAAAGCUCCUUGAAAAGUACUUACAUCGCCUUGGAGAAGCAGAUGAUGUUCGUGAUUUUGGAACUUUGUUCAGCUUGCUUCAUCCGAAGUUUUUACCCCGCGUGAUCGAUUUCUUGAUGAAUAUACUCAGAAAUAGGUCGAAUAUGCACGAUGUUACCAUUGCUUGCAAAUAUCUUUCAAUUUGUGCAACAUACAAUGAAUUAGACUUCGAUUUCAAGCCAUACAUCAAUGACUUAUUCAAUGUCUUAUACGCAUCAUUAGGAUUCGGCUUUAAUAUCCUUGAUAAUGAAUAUGUUAUUGAUUUUUCUCCAUCUUUCAACAAAGACGACCUACUACUUGGUAAAUACGAAGACCAUGCAUUCAAUUCAAUUGCCGUGAUACUUGCAUCUCUUUUACAGAAGACAGAAACCGGAUAUUUAAUUUUAGAAAAAUUUAGAUACCUGAUGCCUAUUCUUAUUAGGUUCGUAUCAUCCAAGUGUUACCAGAUAUCCCAAUUCGUCGCCAGAUUCAUCUUUGCAAUGCCAAUUUGUUAUAAAUUCCACAAUUUAGAUCCAGAAUUAGCUUCUGAGGUUAUCGAUAUAUUCAUUCCAACUAUGACUCAUAUCUUAUUCUCAGGAACAUCGAAAACCCAAGCAUCUCAGAUUAUCCGAAAUCUCGACGACGCCGCAUCGUUUAACUACAAAGCUAUACGCGAUAAUUUCAUUUACUUUGCAAUCGAUCAUAUGUUCGAUUCAGAAUAUUCAAUUCUUGCUCAAAAAUGCAACAAUAUUUUAUUUGAUCUGAUUCCUUUAAUUUUUUCGAAAGAACAUAUCGAAGAUUACUACAACGUCAUACCACAGAUAUUCGCUAACAUCGAAAGUCUUCUCGCUUGCGACAUUAAACCAGAACCAUCAUCUACAGGCCGCCACAUGCUUUCUAUCAUCUGUUCGUGCAUAUCUAAGAAGACAAUAUCAAGAGACGAUAUCGUUUACUCUACAAUUUGUGACAAAGCUGUCACUUUUGCAUCUCUUUUCAUUACAACCAUUUCUACGGUUAAUGCGAUCACGAAAACUAUCAAGAAGCUUAGUUUGAGUAUCGUACACAAGACAGAUCCAUUCUUCAGCGUUCUUCCUGAAGAUGUUAUCAAAGAUAUGCUGGAAAUGGUCUCUACGAAGCUCACAAACGACCAUGAGUUAAACGCAACGAUCAUUGUACUCAACUCCAUCGCCAGACUCUAUCCAGAAAUAACUUUGCCGUACAUUAUUCCAAAAUUAAAAGAUUUGAUCAAAUCUAAUGCUUACAAUGAGCCAUACUACUCAUUGGUCAUCAGCCUCGUAUCGAAUUCCACAAAGAUGAAGCCUUAUAUCGAUGAUAUCCUCGAUUUCGCUUUCAAUGCCAUAGAAACUAACGAUGAAAACGUGGCCAAACAGGGUCUUUCAAUUUUGUAUGCCUUCACAUACUUCAAAUUCCCAUGUAUUUCGGACUUUGACAUGUUAAAUCCAGAUGAUUCCGAAGAAGGACUCGGAAAACUCUACAAAUACAACAAAGUCAAGUUGCAAUGGGAAGAUUACGACCCAUCUAUCUACUCAAAGGUCUGCAAUCGUAUUUGCGACUGCCUUGAAAAGAGAAUUUUAUCAUUUGACGAAGACAAAGAUGAAGCCAAGGGCGUAACCAUUACCAUGAUCAAUUUCAUCAAAGUUCCCCACCAAAUCAGCCUUCCUUAUAUACAAACUCCACUCGAAAUGCCAGAUGGAGAAAAAAGAUUAGUCAAAGUCAUGAUAAAUUCCAUCAAGACUUUAUUAGGUAAAGAGAUAAUCCAAACCAACAUGCAUUAUCUCGUUGAUUUGCUUUCCGGAUUGAAUUUGAUUUCUGAUCAAAGACUUGCUUCAGCUUAUUACAUCGAUAAGUCUAAGAAGUUCGUAACUUUCGCAAGAACUACCAGUAUCCAAGUGAAAAAGAACAAAAUGAGGAUCAGACCCUUCUUUGUCAGAAAGAUUUGGCUUCACAACAUCAUAGAAAUGAACAGGAAGCUGUUUCUUCCCGAGGAAUACUCCUUACUCGAUGAGGAAUACCUCAAACUCUCAUUCCACAACAGCGCGGACAUAAGAAAGAGAGCACAGGAGUUAGUUCUCAAUACUUCAAGAGAAGACAAAAAUUACAUUCAAAAAAUUUUGGAAAAUUCUUUGUCAAAACUGACAGAUAAAACGGUUUUGACAUCAAGAAUUGACUUAAUUGCCAAUCUGACAUUGAUCAACAAUGCUAUGACAUUUAAGCCAUUGUACAAUGUCCCUGAAUACGUGAUGAAACUGGUAGAUUUCUAUUUGACAUUCCAGCCAGAUCCAAGUUGGAAAUUUUCUCAAUUUGACAUCGUUCAGUCAAAAAUUGACAUAGCGGUUAUUGAUUACAACAACCAGUCAUCGUAUACCGAAUUAUACGACAAGCUUCCAAAAUACGAGAACGACCAGAACAGAUCAAGAUUCAUCUGGUUGCUGGAUUCUUUUAUCGACAGACAAGCGACUGUUCCUGAUUUCAUUGUGAAGAGAAUCAUGGAAAUGGCAGUGACACCAACAGAAUCUACGUAUUCCCUUGCGAAAAAGGGCCUCAAAACACUCUUGAGAAGAAUUAACCUCAAACCGAAAAUAAUCAGACAAACAGAAAAACCAGAAUUCAUCGACAAAAGAGAAACUGCCAUUUUCUGCCAACCGAAAUUUUACAAAGUUUACGACACUUCAAAUUUGAAAGUCGAUGACGAAAGACUCCAAAAAGUUGCCGAUUUCGUGAAGUCCCAAAUCACUCCUGAUUACAUGGAGAAAUACAUCAGAGCACUCAUUUUGUUCCAGGAUGAAAAUUCGAAGCCAGAUUUGAGUGAUUUCUCUUAUUUCGUUCAAUAUUCUGACGAAUCUGUCAUUGACAGAUUGUCACUUUUACUCGAUGAAUUUUUGACAGUUGACAACACUAUUUCUUCAAGAGUUGCUAUUGAUUACUGCUUGAGUUAUGUUGAGAAAACACCGAGAUUACCAAAGAACAUUUCUCAGAAAAUUUACGAGAAAUUAUUCACGCCGAUAAUCAAAUUCCUUUUGGACGAAAAGUGUCAAAAUACAGGUCCAAUUUUGACAAAUUUGUCAAGAAUUUUCAGAAGAGUUUCAUGUGCUCGAUUUCCAUUUAUUUUCGAUAUCAUGUCCGAAUAUCUUAAGAAGGAUUCAUGGCAAACUAAAGGACUUGUCAGUGCAUUACUUCUCAAGAUGACACAGAGGUCUCAUUAUUCUGUUUUCCCUCUGAUUCAGAAAUUCUUGUUGGAGAAAUAUUUGCCAAUUUUACAAGAUUUAGAAAAAGUAUCAGUUACAGGCUUGCAUUAUCCAUUGAUUCUUCGCUACAUCUGUGAAUUCAAACUCACAGGACAUGGCCAAGAAGGCGAUGCUCUCUUGGACUAUUUCUUCAACGAGUUGUUCGAUAAAUGGGAAAUGUGUGACAAAUCACUGAAAUCUGUUGAACUGAUGAUUUUUAAUUCACCGAUAAUUCUGGGCAAAUCUCUUGGAAAAUACGUAUUCCCUAGAUUCGAAAGACUCUUACAGUUCAUCGAUGCAGACAUCAAGGCAUCGAGCAAAGACUUGGAAUUGAAAAUCAUGUUGCUUUCAAGUGCAGAAUUUUCAAUUGAUGUCAUUCCGAUUGAAUUCUUUGAGAACAUUUAUAAACUUAUCCCAUCAAUGAACUGGAAGAAGAGGGAGAUCUGCUGCGGAUACGCGAAACUUCUUAUCAUGCAGCACAUCUUCACAAUUCCAAAAGAAAUGUUGAAAUAUAUUUCUGAAAUUUAUGUCAAACCUUUCUUGACAGAUGUAAAUGAAAAAGUUCGUGCAGCAGGAAUUGAUUUAUUAUGUGUUUGUUUGAUGUUGACAUGCAAUGAUCCAAAGGAACUCGAUGAGUUUGCAGCGAAUGUUAUCCAGGAAAUGAGAAACACGAAGAAGGAAGGCUCAUGUGUUGUCAAAGCUGCCGCAUUGUUUGGAUUCAUUUCUAUCACUAAGGAUGAAUAUCCAAAGUGGCUUCCAGAUCUUUUUGAAGAAGCAGAAAUUAAAUACCACGACAGACAUCAGUUCUCCAGCAUGUUGGAAGAAUCAGUCAAGAACUUCUGGAAGAGACACCUUUACCAUGAUUUGCCUGAAUUAGAACAAUACAGAUUCGCAUUCUCUAAUUCUUAUUUCAGUUAA